AGAAAAAGUUUGGAUCCCUCAGAUAAUAUACCUUCAAUCUUCGCUACUCCCGGCCCAGCAAUAGAUCCGAUAUCCACGUCAGCUUAUUAAGCAAACAUAUUAUCAUACGUGGCACCACUUGGGGCCAUAUGUGAGUCCACGUCAGCCGAUUUAGAGUAUCUUUUCCGGCGAAAUCCAGGAGUGUCUUCUCCGACCUAGCCCUUUUCUUUUGUCUGUCACGUGAAAACCCGAACAGGAACUCACAUUGGUUCUCUCAUUUCCCUCUCAUCAUCCUCGUCACCAUCAUCAACAUCUUCUUCUUCGUUUUCUCGGUAAGAGAAAACCUAAUCUCCCUUUUCCGGCGAGGAUUUCACUGUAUUGCGGUCGAAGAGUGGAUCAAACGUUUCCAGUGUUCUCGAGCAUCCCUUUCUGCAGGACUUUCUGAAACCUAACAAAAGUGAUGGAUGUUCUCCAUGGAGUAGAGCGCUAACCGCAAUCUAUGACGUGCCUUUAUGGAUCUGGUUGAUGCGGAGAGUCGAGAUGAGUGAUGAAGGUCAUAAGACGAAUGGCUCAGAAGAGGUGGACAAUCCACGUCCAACGGGCGCUUGUGGGGCAGGGAAGGACGGGAAAGACGGAGGAGAGGGUCAUGGUGUCUCUGAGGAAGAGGAUUCAAGGGUCGGUGAUGAUACCAAGAAGAUAAAUUGCAUCGGUAAGGAAGCGGAUGGAAUCUCAGACCAGAGGAGUGCUCAUGCGGUCGAGAGGAGGCUAGCCAACCAGCUGCAGAAACCAAACCAACUUGCUUUGGAAAGUGUUUUUACUGUGAGGCCACUUAAGGUUCUGCUUGCGGAAAACGACGAUUCAACUCGUCUUGUGGUCUUUGCUCUGCUUCAGAACUGUGGUUAUGAAGUUGUGCCUGUAGCAAAUGGUCUACAAGCAUGGAAAACCUUGGAGGAUUUAGCCAAUCACAUCGACCUUGUUCUGACGGAAGUAGCCUUGCCGGGUUUAUCAGGCAUCGGCCUUCUAGCUAAGAUCAUGAGCCACAGAACUCGCAAAAGCAUUCCAGUUAUUAUGAUGUCAUCCCACGAUUCGAUGAAUAUAGUGUUCAAAUGCUUAUCCAAGGGUGCGGUCGACUAUCUAGUCAAGCCUAUUCGAAAGAACGAGCUUCGAAAUCUAUGGCAGCAUGCCUGGAGGAGAUGCCAAAGCUCAAGCGGAAGCGAAAAUAGUAUACAGACCCCAAAAUCCACAAAGCGGAGAAGCCUUGACCAGGUGGGAAAUGACAUCGGUAGCGAAUAUGAGGAUGACAUCGGGAGCACUGGUCUGAACCAUGAUGGAAGUGACAAUGGCAGUGGCACUCAGAGCUCAUGGACAAAGAGGGCUACAGAAGUGGGUAGCCCGCAACCAAUGUCUCCGUUGAACCAGCCAGCUCAUCAAACUGAUGGCACUGGCACGCAGGUUAGUCAAUCAAGGCCAGAAAUGCUAGGCAGUAACUGGGCGCCUCUUGCUCCAGGGGACGAGUUUGAAGGAUGGAACAGCAUACAUGUUAAUGCACCUGUGGAGAAAUGCUCUGACAAUAAUGUAGCCAAACCUCUAUAUUUGCAAUGUGAAGAACCUGAGGGUAGAUGUGAAGCCCGUAAAUCAGUUGGUUACAUCGAUAAAUCAUCUGGUGAGAGUUGCACUAAAGAUUGGAGGAACAAGGAGAAAUGUCUGGAUUCAAGCACUGAGAAACCCCGUGAUGAUUCCGUAUGCUCGCUUCCAUUCAUCAGCAUCGCUACUGAUCCCAACAAGAAGGGUAAAACCACUAGCAUGCCAAGUGACAACGUGAAAAGUGCCGCCAUGACUGAAGCCAUGGGCAUGCCUUCUAUUAAGCAUACUCUUAGAGGGCACCAAGAUGUGAAAGAUGCCGGUACCAGUUCCAGUGACCAGCAAAUUUUUCGGCAUUCUGACCUCUCAGCCUUCUCCAAGUACAACUCUGACUCAACUGCUAACCAGAGACCAACAGGAAAUGUAGGUAGUUGUUCUCCAGGAGACAACAGCUCGGAUGCCGCAAAGACAAAAUCAAUGCAAAACCAUCAAUCUGUAUCCAACAAUGGAAGUAGUAACAACAAUGACAUGGGUUCCACCACUAAUGUCAGACCUAAAAACCCUGCAGCAUUCACUGAUAAGGGAAAAUCUGUAAUGAAAUCACCCCAACCGUCUUCCGGUGUGCAGCUUGAACAAAACAACAACUGCCUCUCACUCUCGGUGCCUGUGCAACGCAAGACUGACACCUUCCCCGCAGCUGAGCAAUUCCUGGAUCAACCAAUGGGCAUUGAUCAACAGAACAACGAGUUUCACCACUAUCAAUUUUAUGCCCCUUAUGGUUUUGCCUAUAGUAUGCCCCAGAUAAAACAGCCAGUUAACCACGAUAAUGCCUCUCUGCUGUGUGGAUCCUCUAAUGUUCCAGGUGGCGUAUGGGUUGAAGGUAUCACAGGUAAUCACAGUGUAAAUGGAAGUGGGUCGGGAAGCCAUCACGGGAGUAAUGGGCAAAAAGGGUGUAGCAUUGGACUAAAUCCGAAGGGAAGGAACAUGGAAACUGACAAUACCAUAGAUGAAAGAAGCAGAGGAAAUCACGAGAUUGGUGAUGGACAGAGACAGAACCGUGUUUCACACAGAGAAGCUGCGUUGAACAAGUUCCGACAGAAGAGAAAAGAGCGAUGCUUCGAGAAGAAAAUAAGAUAUCAGGGAAGAAAGGAAAUAGCCAAGCAAAGACCGCGCGUCCGAGGCCAAUUCGUGCAGAAAGGUGGCGAAGAAAGCAACGAAAAGGACGAGAAAAGCUAAUGGACCAACAUAGUUUUUUUUUUUUUUGUUAACCAGGAGGUUCACCUGCGCCUUCGGCCCAACCUAUAUCCCCUAGGCCCGAGAGCAGCCUUUAGAGGCCCGGCGACAGGGUCCAGAGAGCAACACCUUCCCAACCGAGAAAUACCCCCUCCCUCCCCAUCAGCUGGUUUCGAACUGGCGACCGGGGCUAGAGAGCAACACCCUUUCGCCACUCUACCACCCACCACUGAUGGGUUGACCAACAUAGUUAGGAUCUGCACAGAAGAAAAAAACACCACCUUGCUACUCUUAUACUUCGAGUGAUCAUUCUCUGUUGAUUCACAAAAACUCUUGUCAGGACAGGUAGUGAUGUAAAAGCCUACCGCCUCCCAAUAAGAAGUCUCUCUGAGAAACCAUUCGGCUUUACAGUGUAAUUGUCGGAACCAUUUGUCAUCUAAAUCUAUGUACCUUUCUCUA